GGGGGGGGGGGGGGGGGUUGGUCAGGCUGAACAACGUCUCAGGAUCCCCUCCUACAGCUCCAUCCCGGGGUGGAAAUGUCAUGGCGAAAAUGUGGCUUCCACGGGGAGAUCUUUCCCGUUGGUCACUGGCCCCCAUCCGAUCUUUCAGACAUCCUUAGGGCCAGAACCCUGGCCAGAGUUAGGGUUAGGUCCCAGGAGGCCCCAGGCGCCGAACCCCCUCAGUGCAGUGGUCUCCCCGGGGGGCUGAGUGGAGGACACAUGGGAGGUUGCGGGUCAGGCUUUGUCUCCGCCCUCAAGGGCCCAUUUAGAGUGUGGGUCACGCGUAGGUCGGGCCUCAUUUUCCUCCUGGCGCAGUCGACGACCCUGCUUUGGAAAUGUCAUGGAGAUCUUCCCAAUUCCACGCUGAAUCAUCCCGCGCUGGUUUUGGGGGGAAGCGGGGAACCACACCAUUAUGGACUCACAGAAACUGGAUUUACUCUCUUGUCUAUAACAACAAAACAAAACCACACAAGAUAUACAAAAUGCAGAUUUCCAAGAGACUGGGCAUCAGGCAAAAGAGGACGGCAAUUCCAGACACUUGGAAACACACAGGCCCACCUGCAGAAGGGGACCAGUCUCCUCAACUGUGGAACUGGAUGCCCCAGAGGUGAGCUUCUCAUUGCAAGAACUUUAUUACUAGUCAAGGUGGGGAUAUAGCAGAGGUAAGGAGAAACAGCAAGUCAGCAAAGUUUGGGAAACUGAUGGGGUCCCUAUAGUAUUAUCCCAGACUACAGCUAAAGUAGCCCCCUGCUCUCUUUCACACUGCUCCUGGGGCCUUUCUCCCCAGCCUUGGGUCUUGUCGGUUAAAUGGGGAGAAUGGCAUUUGGAAGUGGUUUAUUUGUGCGACCCCCCCUUGAGGGGGCUUUUCCAGUUCCCACAGGCCUGAGAGCAAGACUGCAGUCCCACUAAGGGCCACCCGUCUGGAUUUGGGGCAUUCCCUCAGAAGGGUCCUUUCUGCAGUCUCAGGAGGCUGCCCCCACCCCCUGGGAGGUGAGAGCCAUGCAGGUCCUUGCAGAGAUACUCCCCUCAUGGGAAGUGAGCUUGGAGUGGGUGAGGGACCAGGUGUUCUUGGUGGGGCUGGUGGAUGCAUGGGCCAAAAUAAGUACUAGUGAUGAUAGCACAUUGUGGAUAUCCACAUUGUGGAUAGCACAUUGUGCCUUCUGGAAUGUACCUUUCUGUUCCUCUGCCUCCAUCCUACCUGUGCAGGUGGCCCUGGUGGAAGGAGGGUGGGGCAGUGGCCCCCAUCCACAACCUUGACACUCCUGGAGCAGGUCUGUCUUGUUGGGGAUGAAAAGUUUUCCUCUGCCUUUCAAAGUUCAUUAAAUGGACUAAAAAUUAAAUUGACAUGAAACAGAUUAAUAGGAGAAAAUCAAGGAAAGCUUAAGAAAUUGUAUACUUCCUGUAUAUACAUGGCAGAGCCCCAGGAAAACUGAGUAACUCCCUGAAAUGGCCAAAGCCAUCACCUUAAAUACCAUCAUUAACUAAAGACAAAAGAUGUUGGGGGCAGGAAUUCAGUUGUGGGAGGUUCCCAGGAAAAGUACAGCAAACAAGGGCAAAGUUAAGCAGAUAUAAGUUAUUGCUUUCUCCAGUGAUAGCAGCUUCUGGAGAUUGACAGUCACACCUGCAUCCUAGUGCUGAAGGAGACACCCUUACAAGUGGAGAUUUCCCUAUUCAUGUAAGUGUCUCUUACAAAAGUGUGACUUCUUGGUUUUCAGAACUUCUCAUGGCUCUUGUGUAUUUCCUUAUAAAAUAGCCAGCCUGGAAUAACCAAUAUGCCAAAAAGGCGUAUCUUAGGGUAGCAAAGUUUGACCCACUCAAGGCCAAGAAGUUCCCAGAUGUUGGGUUGGCUGGGCUUCCCAAAGGCUGGGGAUGAGGAAGCAGCUCAGGGAGCCUUGGGCAAUUAUGCUCUUUCCCAGGGAGGCGGAACCUGGGCUUAUUCACAGGGUGACGCCUUGCUCUCAGUUUGAGUCUGGUCUCUCCCAGUUACUCUGGGUGCCCUGCACGGAGCCUCCUGGAAGCCUCAGAACUCUGUCCCCUCUUCAUCUUCUAUUAGGAACCCAGGUGUUCUUCUUCUAUCCAGAAAGCCAGGACCCAGGUGCUCCCUUACCAGGGAGGGAGUGCCCUCUGGUGAGAGGCGUCCUAAAGGCCUGGGAGGUGGCAGCUGGAGGAGAGCAGGGCCAGAAGCCAAGUCUGAAGGAAAGAACUGCCAGCCAAUGAAGGGCGGGCUGCCUGUACCCUGACCUGUGGGGCUGGGACAGCACGGGACCCAUAGUAGGAUAACCAGGAGAAAAGUUGAUGUUUUGUUGUCAUCUUGGGGAACUGGUAUUUCAUUUUGAUUGAGCAUAAGCAAGCAAUUCAUUUCUGCCCAAGAGAGCCAAAAAGAUUCCUGCAGCCAGAAGAGACCACAGAGAUACUGGGGUUUAACCUCUUGGGCCCACGUUGAGAAUCUCCAGCAUCAAAAACUUGGACAGACUGUGGCGAAGUUCCAGGCAGAGGCUGUGGAGACAUACCUGGGGCCAAGGUCCACAUUAACCCUGUUGGCACCCUGGGACCACGUGAGGAUGCUGCUGUGGCUUCUUAUUUUCCCUGCUUGGGAUUUUGGGGCUUGGGGGGAUUCUCCACUGUUCUCCUGGAAUGAAACCCAAGCCAGAGGAUUAUCAGAGGGACUUCUAGACUUUUUUGUUGGCAUCUCUCAGCUCACUCACAAGGGUCAAAAUGAAGCUCCCACCAUUGUCUCCCGCAAGGAGUGGGGAGCGAGAUCACAGACCUGCAGGGCCCAGCUGACACAACCUGUGGCCUAUGUCAUCAUGAACCAGCUCACAGGGAUGGAGUGCCAGGAGCAGGAUGUUUGCAGUCAGAGGCUUCGGGGCUUUCAGUCCCAUUCUGUCUACACCAAAGGCUGGUGCGACGUGGUCUACAACUUCCUGAUUGGGGACGAUGGCAGGGUGUAUGAAGGUGUCGGCUGGGAUGUCCAAGGCAUGCAUACCCAGGGCUACAACAACAUCUCCCUGGGAAUUGCCUUCUUUGGCAAUAAGAUAGGAAGCAGUCUAAGCCCUGCCGCCUUAUCAGCUGCAGAGGACCUGAUAUCCUAUGCCAUCCAGAAGGGUCAUCUGUCACCCAGGUAUAUUCAGCUACUCAUCUUGAAUGAAGAGGUCUGUCUGGUCCCUCAAAAGCCAGUGAUGCCUAGGAAAGCUUGCCCCAACAUCAUUUCACGGUCAGUAUGGGAAGCCAGAGAGACACACUGCCCUAAAAUGAGCCUCCCAGCGAAAUAUGUCAUCAUCAUCCACACCGCUGGUACAACCUGCAAUGUAUCCAUGGAUUGCCAUAUUCGUGUCCGAGAUAUACAAUCCUUCCACAUGGACACACAGCACUUCUGUGACAUUGGAUAUCACUUCCUGGUGGGACAGGAUGGUGGUGUGUAUGAAGGAGUUGGCUGGCACAUCCAAGGCUCUCACACCUAUGGCUACAAUGAUAUUGCCUUAGGAAUUGCCUUCAUAGGCAACUUUGUAGAAAAGCCGCCCAAUGCUGCAGCCCUGGAGGCAGCCCAGAACCUGAUCCAGUGUGCAGUGGACAAGGGGUAUUUAACUCCCAACUACCUGUUGGUGGGGCACAGUGAUAUUGUCAAUACACUGUCUCCUGGGAAAGCUUUGUACAACAUCAUUAAGACUUGGCCUCAUUUCAAACACUGAAGGAGCCCCUGCUCCUUCUGAGAUUGCUUCUCCUACCGGGCUACUAGGUCUCCCCUGUCCUCACCCUCUAUCCUAACUCAACACCUGGUGUCCCCUCCAUGUCAGCCCCAUCCUGCCCCUCCUUUCUCAGGUUAGGAUGAUCCUCUCCUGCUAGCACCACCCGCCAGCAGCCCCAAACCCUAGAGCUGGGCAUACCCAGCCUUUGAGUGAGCCCCACCUUCCUCACUUCUCAUUUUCUCCUCCCCUGGGCGCCCAGCUCCUAAGCCAGGUGGGAAGAUGGGCUGAUCCUUGUUUGACUUCUCAUUCCCUCUCUGGCUGCCCCUCUGCCCCAUGUACCUUCCCCUAGCACCACCCGCCAGCAGCCCCCAAGCUUCACCCAGGACCCAGGUCAAGGCCCAAAGCCCCUCUCUGCUCACACACCCACUUGUCCCCAUGUGGAUGCAGCCCUUAUUUUAGGGCUCAUUGCUUUCAGGUGUGGUUGUUCUCUCCACUGGAUUGUGAGGCUCUCCAGGUUUAUUUGCCCCCAUGUCCUUGAUUCCUCAGCAGCGUCUGGAGUCUUGUGUGUGCAAUAGAUGUUUGUUGGAGAGGUGGAUGAAUAAACAAAUGUGUGUGUCAAGUCCCUGCUUCCCUUUCCAAUCUGUUCCACCAGCCCCUCUUUUUGGAGACACCUUCUGGGACUGUCCCCCAUCCUGCCAUUCUCUCUCUGUUGUUGCCCCUCCCAGUCUGAGGCUCAGAGGCAGCUCUUGUCGCUUAUCUAUAAUGGUGCCACUAGGGUCCUGUGUCCUGUCCACCCCAAGUUCCCCGAGGGCAGACAGUAGUCCUCUAGGCCCAACUGGGCUGUGUCUACACAAGCCACCUGUGCCUGCAGCCUUCCCUUGCCCACCUGUGCCCGCUGGCCUUAUGUCUACAGGGCUGUAGACUUCCCCAUCUCCCCCAGAACUCAUCAAGGCCUCUUCAAAUCAACAACACUGCAUGGUCUGGAUUACUGUCUCCUCCAUAUUAUUGACUUUUAUUGGUCUCACCCACACAAUCUGAGUAAAAGCAGAGCACUCAGCUGUCAAAUGCUUUUUUAACGGCAAAUUCUGAGGCAGCCCAUUCUGUUCAGUUGGCUCUUCUGAGUCCUUGGUAUAGAAAAUUUCUUCCCAACUCCCCUUAAUCAUGUGAAGCGGGGUUCAUAGUACCCCCUCACCACAUCAGAGGAUUGUUGUGAGGAUUAAGUGAAUUAAAAUGUGUUGAUGUCUAAGACCUCAUGGUUGGCAUAUGAUAAUGUUUUCAUUAAACUUUGUGGAGCUAUGGUUAUUCUUGUUGCUAUUGCUGUGACUUUGUCCCAGGCAAUAGCUUGUGUAGGGGUCAAGAGCAGGCUGUCCCAAAGUGUGCCUCUUGGGCAUACUGAUUAUUUUAACUGAAAGUCACGUCAGGGGCACCUGGGUGGCUUAGUCCAUUAAGUGGCGACUUCCAUUCAGGUCAUGAUCUCGAGGUUUCUCUAGUUUCUCUAUCAGAGUCCUCUCUGCUGUCAGCAUGGAGCCUUCUUGAGAUCCUGUUCCCCUGUUUCUCUGCCCCUCCCCCACUUGCACGCUCACUCGCGUGCUCUCUUUCUCUCUCAAAAAUAAACAAACAUUUAAUAAAGUCACUUCAGAGACAGCCUGUGCAAGAAGGACACUCAGACCCUCCUCCGCCCCCCUGAGAGAAGGAAUACAUCUCCCAUGUGAAAGGUACCCUCCCUGUAGCAGGAGCGAAAGAGAGGAGGCUGUAUAACAACGCUUGUUACUUUUUACUAAUUUACCACCCGGGCCCAAAAUCUGUUUAGAAUCCCUUACGAAUUGAAGCUCCCAGUGUUAAGUUUUCUUGAUCCUGUCAAUACCUCACAGACUUAUUGUCUAUUUGUCUGAAAAGUGUAAAAACUGCCUGCAUGGUUAUUUCUUUGGUCUUAAUUUCAUUCCUGGACCUCUGUGCACACUUAAUAAAACUUUGGUUUUUUUCCUACUGUUAA